CACCCAAGAGGUUGCUAGCCGCUCUUGCCAUGGCGCCGCGUCCCCGCGAAGCCCCGCCAUUGCCUGCACCUCGUCCCGGCGAAGCGCCGCCGGAGGAGAAGAGAGGCGUCUCCGUGUCGUCAUUACCUUCAUCCAUUGACCAGGAACUCCUCAGAGCCGUUCCAAUGCACUUGGUUUUGGCAGGCUGUGGACAGCAAUGGGUGAAUCGGGCGAGGGAUGAAUACCACCUCAGCCAGCGGGUGAAUGAGAUCGAUACAUUUUUGAGUCACGACUGGGGGACGAAGCGUUGGCUGAAAUACGCUACAUUGCUGGUUUAUUUCAAUAGUGUACCGGCCGCCUUGGCAAGUUUGCUGAUGUGCAUGCUGGUUUGCGUCCUCAUCAUAUUCAGAGUAUUAGAUGGAUGGCUUCCUGGCACACUCACCAUCCAUGGUGCUUACUGGUUUGUGUUUGUGUUUUGGCAGAACAUUCGAAGCCUCUACAAAAAGAAUAUGGCUUUUCUCGACCGACUUUGCAUUGCGCAGCACGAUGUGGAUCUGAAAAAGCAAGGGAUCCUUUCAUUGGGUGGAGUUCUUUCCAAAUCUCGAAAGCUUGUGGUUCUGUGGAGUCCACGAUAUUUCACACGUUUGUGGACAGCCUUCGAAUUGUCGUCCUUUUUGAGGGAAAAUGAAGGCAAAGGGAAAGACAUCAACUUUGCUCCAGCAAGCAUGGGUCCGCUGCUUGUGUACUUUUCAGUGUUUGAAACGCUGCUUGUCACCAGCUUCCACAUUCUUGUAGCUCGAUAUGUGGAGUCGGUGCUGCAACAAGAGAAUACAUAUUUGAGCAGCUUGUGGCAUUUCACAGCUACAAUGCUCGUGAUUUGUGCGCCGGCAUUUUUGGUGAUUGCACCCAUCGUCCUUUACCUUGGCACAAUGCAGAUGAAAGCUUUGCUGCAGCUGGGAAAACAGCUGGAUGAUUUCAAGAUUCGAGAUGCUCAGUGCAGCUGUUGUCAGUGGAACCAUUGCCAUCCUGAAACUGGCGAAAUACUCUUAUGCGACCGGAUGCUGGUUUUCCAAACAUUGAAACGAUGGUAUCCCAGCGAGACUUCUUCCGAUGCUCAUUUGGACCGAUUUGAUGAGAUGGUUCACACUGAGCUGGGUGGCUUUGUCCGGAAUAUCCUAGGCAAUGGUGCUCCACCAUUGUGGCAGGUGCUGGCGCUCACCGUGCAUCCCUUGCUUGGUUUCUGGUGUUUGUACGUCUACCUGGCUGUGAAUGAGCACCUAUUCCCCUAGUCGGCCCUUGGCUGGAUGAUCGGCUGGUUUCAGGCCCCGCCCAUGGUGUACCUCGCGUUCUGGCAAUUUCUGCAGACUUGGAGGAUGGGCGCACGCUUGGCCGAUCGGUGCCCGCUGUGGCUGAUCUUGUUCCUCGGAGCAGCGGCCGGCAUCAGUUUCAAUGUUGCGGUUUGGUUGCAGUACAAUUUGUUAAAAUAUACUUUCGGACAUGAUUUCAAUUGGCCUGUCUUUGGCUCCCUCGUGUUCAUGUGGGUCGUUUUCAUAAUUCCAUACAUUUGGGAAUAUUCUCCCAAUCUGUGCAGAAAAGUCACAGGU